UCUUUUGUCCACACCUUGGUUCGCUCCAAAAAUUUGCCUGAAUGCACAAGCUAUUGCGGCGAUAGGAGGAGUAAAACAUUUACCACACACUGCGGAAAAACAAGCAAUUGUCGAAGUUAAAAUUUCCCAGCAUCUUCGUGCGACGUACGAGUGAAGGGCGAAUCUUAACCCGGUUCGACUAGGGCCAUAGUUCGAUGAAGUGACGCUAUAAAGUGACAAGCAAUAAUUUGACAACCAAUCAAAACCCAGCGACUGAUAAUCUUGUGCCCGUACGUACCGAAAGCAUCUAAAUUUGAAUACAAUGGAGCCAGAGCUGCUUGAGAUAUUGUGCAAGCAGUUCUACGAAUCCCAGGACGCCCAGUUGCGAGUGGAGGCAGAAAAGGCAUUGUACCAUUUCCAGGAUGAUCCCGAAGCACUGUCCAAAUGCCAAACGUUGUUGGAUCGAGCCAACUCGAGCUUCUCGCAGCUGUUUGCCACCACCAUCCUGACAAAGCUGGUGACGAAGAACAUACAGGUGCUGCGGAUGCAGCAACGGGUCGACAUACGGAACUACGUGCUGAACUAUUUAGCCACCCGGCCGAAUCUGCAACCGUUCGUUAUUCAGGCCUUAAUAUCGCUGCUGGUCAAGAUCACCAAGCUGUGCUGGAUCGAUAUGUAUGAGCAGGAGUACGUAUUCCAAAACAUCCUGCAAGAUGUGAAGGAGUUCCUGGGCGGAUCGGUGGACCACUGCGUGAUUGGAGUACAAAUUCUGUCCCAACUUACGGUGGAGAUGAACCAACAAUCGGAAUCGGCAUGCAAUCUCACCUUUCCCAAGCAUUUGCGCAUCACCAGCCUGUAUCGCGAUAAGAUGUUGUACGAAAUCUUCAUCUUAGCAUGCACGUUGCUCAGCCAGGCAAAGGAUAGCGUUUGCAAGAACUUAAACUGUCUGGAUGAAGCCCAGCAAGGCUUGUUCACGCAUCUGCUCGAGCUAGCCCGGAACUGCUUGAGCUAUGAUUUCGUCGGCGCCACGGCCGAUGAGUCGUCGGAUGAUAUAGCUACCGUGCAAAUUCCGACCAACUGGCGGCCAGCAUUUUUGGACUCGGAGUCUGACUCCCUGAAACUAUUCUUCGAUCUGUAUCACAUGCUGCCAACGCGUUUGUCCAGCCUGGCACUAUCCUGCCUGGCACAGAUCACUUCGAUUCGACGCUCGAUUUUCAGCAACUCGGAGCGCAUCAAAUUUCUCACCAAGCUAGUGAAAGGAGCCACGGACAUCCUAAAAACGUCGCACGGGCUGAGCGAUCCCGACAACUACCACGAAUUUUGCCGAUUGUUGGCUCGCUUAAAAUCCAACUACCAGCUCAGUGAGCUGGUCAUAGUGGAAAACUAUCCAGAAGCAAUUCAAUUGAUCGCAAAGUUUACCGUACAAUCGUUGCAAAUGUGGCAGUCAGCGCCGAAUAGUAUUCAUUACCUAUUGUCACUGUGGCAACGAUUGAUUGCCUCCCUUCCGUACGUAAAAUCGCCGGAGCCGCAUUAUUUGGAAACUUACACCCCGGAAGUGACGAAAGCUUUCAUAACGUCUAAGCUGGACGCCGUUCCUGUGAUUGUUCGCGAAGGGCUCGAAGAUCCCGUGGAUGACACGGACAUGGUGCAGCAGCAGCUGGAGCAAUUUGCUACGAUUGGUCGUUGUGAGUACGAUAAAACGUGUGCACUGCUAGUGCAACUUUUCGAUCAAACGGCCAAUCGCUACCAGGAGAUACUGUCCAGCCCAUCUACAGCAAAUCAUAUUGAUCUACAAAUUUGCGAGGGACAGCUGACCUGGUUGGUGUACAUCAUCGGAGCAUCAAUCGGAGGCCGAAUCGCGACACCUUCGUUCGACGAUCAUGAUGUGCUGGAGUGUGACAUCAUUAUACGAGUGUUGCAACUGAUGACGCUAACCGAUUCGCGGUUGCCCCAGUGUGGAUGCGAAAAGCUGGAACUAGCCUUCAUGUACUUCCUAGCGCAUGUACGCAAAAUCUACAUCACAGAGCACAUGCAGAAGCUAAAAAUGUUUCCCCGCUUGUCCGAGAUUCUGGGAGUGAGCGAUGACGACAUGACAAUGCUCACGGUCACUAGCCGUAAAAUCAUCACAAACCUCAAAUACUUAGGCAAUUCCGAAAUGGUGCUGCGGAAAACGCUUGCUUUGCUGAACGAUCUAACAUUAAUCUGCUCUUCCGUACGAAAGCUCAUUAAAUUAGAUGAAAUUCAGUUCAUGCUAAACAAUCGUACGCGCGAGCACUUUUCAUUCCUAGGUUCCGGUACAGUAGCAGCAACGCGAUGUCGCAGUAUGUUCUAUACAUGCCUUGGUCGUUUGUUGAUGAUGGAUCUCGGUGAAGAUGUUGAGCGCUUCAACACAUUCAUGAUGCCGCUGACGAAAACGAUCGAAAAUAUAAUCAUGAUGAAUUUUCCAAGCGAGGAAGCGAAGAAAGAGCUGAUUGGACUAUCACGAGAUCUUCGAGGAUUGGCGUUAGCGUUUAAUGCAAAGAUGCCGUACAUGAUGCUGUUUGAUUGGAUCUAUCCAGACUAUUCGCCUAUUUUAAUCCGUGCCGUACAAAUGUGGGCCCACGAUCCUACGGUUACAACACCAGUGCUGAAGUUGUUCACAGAGCUAGUCUACAACCGAUCGCAGCGAUUGCUGUUUGAUGUCUCUAGUCCAAACGGCAUUCUGCUAUUCAGAGAAACGUCCAAACUGAUCUGUUGCUAUGGUGAAAGUAUGCUGUCGCUCAAUGUUCCCAAGGAGCAGAUGUACCCAAUGAAGCUGAAAGGUAUUUCGGUGUGCUUUCAAAUGCUGAAACAAAUUCUCAGCGGAAACUACGUCAAUUUUGGCGUCUUUAAGUUGUACGGAGACAACGCACUAGAUAACGUUCUUAACAUGACCGCUAAGCUGAUAUUGACCAUCCCGCAUGAGGAUAUACUGGUUUAUCCGAAGUUGUCGCUAUCGUACUACACACUCAUACAGUGCUUAGCCCAGGAUCACAUCUCAUACCUGUCAACGUUAGAACCACCCUUAUUUUUGUACAUUCUAGAGAGUAUAUCCCAAGGAUUGAAUGCACUAGAAUCCGUAGUUUGUUCAUGCUGUUGCCAAACCUUGGAUCAUAUUGUAACAUACAUUUUCAAGCAGCUGCAACUGAAUGUUUCAACAUUCCCGAAUAAGAAGCAUCGCCAGGCAGUACCACCGGAAAACAACAUGUUUCUAAAAGUAAUGGAACUGCAUCCUGAAAUCCUGCAGGGUUUGCUCUCGACCAUGAUGAACAUAGUAAUGUUUGAAGACUGUAAACAUCAUUGGUCCAUGUCCCGGCCUUUGCUAGUGCUAAUACUACUUUACGAGGAUUGUUUUCGUCGAAUUCGUGAAACGGUCAUUCAAUCACAACCUGUGGCGAAGCAACAGAAUAUGGCACGUCUUUUUGAAAUGCUGAUGGAUGGUAUCGAGCGCAACCUGCUCAUUCAGAACCGAGAUAAAUUCACACAAAACUUGUUGCAGUUCCGUCGAGACAUAAACGCAUCUCUUAAGAUCACUCCACAGCCUAACUCUACGGCCAAUGAAAUGGAUGAUUAAAACGAGAAACGGCAACUGGACAGUGCUGCAGAACAAUUUUACACAGUAUUGUGUGAAACCGAAAAUCGAAUGCGAAAUAGUGUUAUCUUGUUUGAUGUUUAGUUGCUGUUAACGAAGGAAAAACGUACAUCCAGCAAGGCAAUUAUAUGCGUACACGUGCAGCAGCAGUGGUUACAAAUCAAAUAUCGUAAAAGGUUCAGCAUAACACACAGGCACUGAAGAUGGUAUCGUCGCCAACGGCAGGGAAAUGUUGGAUUUUUUGUACAAUAAUUGCAAUGAGAGUUAACGCGCCACCA